AUGUCCAUCCGGCUCAUCGAUACGGAGACUCUCCGGUCGAGGCUCUUUACCGCCAGUUUAGCGCCAGCUUAUGCUAUUCUCUCGCAUACAUGGGGCGAAAAUGAGGAGAUCAGCUUCCAGGAAUUCACGCAAAUUAGUGAAACGCCAGAUCACAAGGCAUCGCGGAAGUCUGGCUAUGAGAAGAUCGUCGCAACAUGCCGCGAAGCCAAGGCCAACGGCAUGGCGUACGCAUGGAUCGAUACCUGCUGCAUUGACAAGACAAGUAGCGCCGAGCUUGGCGAGGCGAUCAACUCCAUGUUCGGCUGGUAUCGUGAUGCCGAAGUAUGCUACGCCUUCCUCUCAGACUGGCCAGCUGCCGGUGACGACGGUGAGUCUACCGACGAUGCGUUGAAGGACUGCAGAUGGUUCACCCGCGGCUGGUGUCUCCAGGAACUCAUUGCGCCAAGGGUUCUCCGAUUUUACGACGCGAAGUGGAACUUCCGAGGACACAGAUCAGACUUCAGGGCCGCCAUCUCUAGCAUCACGCGGGUGGACGCGGACGUACUAGGGGACUGCACACUCCUUGAGUCGAAGCCGGUGGCGCGUAGGAUGUCAUGGGCAUCGAGACGGACUACAACGAGGGUUGAGGAUAUUGCCUACUGUCUCAUUGGAAUCUUUGACGUCAACAUGCCGAUGCUAUAUGGCGAGGGCGAUAGGGCAUUCCUUCGUCUGCAGGAGGAGAUCAUCCGGCGUUCAAACGACAUUUCCAUAUUCUGCCACGCGCCGCUGCGCCCUGAAUCAACGACAAGAUUUAAAGGGGAAGAAAACAUGCCGCAAGAUCUUUCAGACCUUCAUUUCUGCGACAUGCUCGCCAAGUCUCCAGAAGCAUUUUCUGAAUCCAACAGUAUCUCGCGUAUUAGAGGGACGUUGCUGGACGGACGAGAGUUUUCCAUGACCAAUCGCGGGAUCCGAUUCGGCCGGCGACGGUUUUUCGAGGUUCCGGAGAUCAACUGCCUAGGGAUGAAGCUUGACUACGCGGCUUCGCCAAAUUGCAAGAACCCAGAGAUAUUCAAUGUUUUUCUUCGGAAAGUGGGCCCGAACCUAUUCUCGAGGGUACUGCCUAUGGCAGCAAAGUAUCGACAUACGCGUGUGGAAUUGGAUGACGCCCGAAGAACUAUGGUGGUAGAGGAAGACGCCUGCGUGAUCUCUAGAGUGACACCGUCUAUUCAGAGGCAGAUACAAGAAUCCGUCACCAGGAGAGUAGAUGUAUAUCUACAGAUAUUACAGAAUCACGAAGAGCAUCUCAAAUUGCAAGUCGUGGAGGGCUUCCCCCCAGAUCGUUGGGAUAGUCUGAACAGAAAGUUCUUAAUUCCUAAGGACGCGCCAUAUAGAACGAGCCUGCGGCUUAGAAUAGCCUUGGGACAAAACCACACUGAUGUCUAUCUCACCUGUGGUAUUCCAAGCACCGGCGGAAGGGACGGACGCAAGCAGCCAUGGACUGCAUUCUCUACCUCUGAUUGUAGACAGUUGUGGUACAGCGGCAACUGGGGAGAUGAUGAUGAAAGUGAGAUGGCACAAGCAACUGCCCAGUACCUUACAAGCAACAUGAAGGCAUUACUCAAGGCUCGGAUCUGUCAGGAACCUAGGAACGUAUGGGGUUCCAUGCCAUUCACGUGUAAAAUCGAGGCUUAUCUGGCGCUGUAA